CUCGAGCCGCUGGGUGGCUGGCUGAGGCGCUUUCCCCCUCCCUCUCCUCACCCCUCCCCUUUCCCCUCCGCCCGAGGGGAGGGGGAGCAGCGCCGCCGCCGCCGCUGCCGCCGCCGGAGGUGUUUUGCGUUCUCAAGGCUGCGGCCUCCCUGAGGUGCCUCGAGGUCCUGCGUUGCCCCCGAGCGGCUACGGCAACGGCGGUGGCGGGCAGAGGGGCGGCCGCGUCGCUCGGAAAAUGUCGCAGACAGCCAUGUCGGAGACGUACGAUUUCCUGUUUAAGUUUUUGGUAAUUGGAAAUGCAGGCACUGGCAAAUCCUGUUUGCUUCAUCAAUUUAUUGAGAAGAAAUUCAAAGAUGACUCAAAUCAUACUAUAGGAGUAGAGUUUGGUUCAAAGAUAAUAAAUGUUGGAGGCAAAUAUGUAAAACUACAAAUAUGGGAUACAGCUGGACAAGAGCGAUUCAGGUCUGUAACCCGAAGCUACUACAGAGGUGCAGCGGGUGCCUUACUUGUUUAUGACAUCACCAGUCGAGAAACCUACAAUGCGCUUACUAACUGGCUAACAGAUGCGAGGAUGCUAGCAAGUCAGAAUAUUGUUAUAAUACUGUGUGGGAACAAAAAGGAUCUUGAUGGAGAUCGGGAAGUCACUUUCUUGGAAGCAUCCAGGUUUGCUCAAGAAAAUGAACUUAUGUUCUUGGAAACAAGUGCAUUGACAGGGGAGAAUGUUGAAGAGGCCUUUGUACAGUGUGCCAGAAAAAUACUUAAUAAAAUUGAGUCAGGUGAACUGGAUCCGGAAAGGAUGGGCUCAGGUAUUCAGUAUGGAGAUGCUGCCCUGAGACAGCUGAGAUCUCCACGAAGAGCACAAGCUCAAAGUGUUCAAGAAUGUGGCUGUUAGGAACAGACAACUGAAACAUUCAUUUGAGCAAGGAAAGAGCUGUCCUUGAAAAUGACGAUUAAUGAAACAACUGCCAUGGCUUCAAGACUGCAGUUUUAGAACUGCUUUUUAUUCAGUAAAGCAUACCACAUCUGGUAUUUUUUAAAAGUACUAUGAAAUGGCUUCCAGAAGUGUGCACUUGGCACAGCAAGAUUGCAAAAAAUAAAAUUUGGUAAUUCAGUGGACAAGAGUAAAAUAUCAGUAUGUAAAAAAAAUUCUGUUACAUAUUUUUUCUCAUUUCUUCCAGUUUAUGACAUUGCUGUAUCCUGUGUAUAUAAAAUGUGGUCAUUAAAUUUCCAAAGCAUGAUAUACUGACAUAUUGUUGCACUAACAUUUGUUUGUUUUAUAAAUAAGAACUGAAAUGUAACUGGUAGGCUUUAUCAUGUUUGGUGGUUUGUUUUUAUUUUGUUUUUUUGUACAAUAGCUUUUAUUUAUGAUUUGAUAUUGAAAGCUACUGGCAUUGAUUGUCAGUGUUUUAUUUGCCACAUUCUACAAGGUAUAUGAUUUAUUUUUUUGAAAAACAGGCCAUAAGUUUACUAAUAUGUUGUGGGUUUUUUACUGAAGCAUAACUGAACUGUUUCCUGACAAUUCUUAAAUGUAUUUCAAUCACUUUGACAACUGUAGGCUAUACUUGUGAUCUUAAGAGCUUACUGUUGUCUGAUCUUGCCUUGGGAAAUCGUUGUUUUCUACAUCUGAAAUUGUAACUGAAAUUUUAUGUUUUGGGGAAAAGAUAAUGCCUACUUGUUUUGCCAUUCUAGAACAGUGUUUGAAGUUGUGAAUCAUCGUUAUCUGACUUCUUUUUUAAAAAAUUAAAGUAAUUUCUAUACCUAAGACUCUGUUCAGGUUAUCCUCCUUAAAAAGAAGCAAUUUGUUAUGAAAAGUAGCAUAUGUUGUAUAGACUGCUUCAAAAUCUGUAAUAAUGCAUUGCAGUCAGCUUCUUUUACUCUGUAAUUUAGAAACAGUACAGUAAAUGGCAGCAACUAGUCAAAGGUAAACACUGCCCUCUGCCUUCAUGGUAUCUAACUGAGAGUUCUAUAGAGACACUUGGAAAUAUGAAACCUUGACUUUGCCUAAGAGAGACAGGUGUGCGUAUGUAAAAGCAAAAUGAAUUGGCCUCUUAAAUGUUCUUGACACCUAAAAACUCCAGAACAUGAACAUUUAUGACUGUUGAUACACAGAUAAUUCUGAAAUAUGGAAACAUUGAAGCUGUAUAUGGGAGGUGUAAAUAUAGCUAUUUGAGCUAGAUUGUGUUAGUUUUAACUAAGGAUGUACAUUGCUUAAAACUUUUUGGUUGGUCAUAUCUGAGGAUGUUACACAGUGAGGGCAAACAUUGACAUUAUUGUCAAAUAAGUAUUUGAUUGAGCCUAAGUUGGCAAGACACAUGAGCAGUCUCUUUCUUGAAUGUUUAUUUACUCAAAAUGCAGGCUGCAGGAGAGACUGAAUUUGAUUGGAGCUGUGAGACAUUUUUCUGAUAAAAAUCACUGCUUCCAGCUCCUCCUGUCUCAGCUAGUUUCACAUCCUUGAGGAGAAACUAUACAGAGCAAACUGGGGGUAGGAUCUACAAGACAUGGUUUAAGCACCCUUUCUAGAACAUAGCUGCUCUGAUGUUUUUAUGCUGCUUUUCUCUCAUAAAUUGCAUUUAAGGCAAUUUAAUAAGUGGUCUAGAACAACUCGAAAAAACAAUUGCAAUAAAUACAAAAUGGCAAAUAAAAGUAACAAAGCUUCAUUACAAUGCAGGUAAAAUAGUGUAAAUAAGACUUUAGCAGUCCUGUGCCAAGCCAAAGCUCAUCACACUGAAUGACAAAAACUGAACAGGUCAGCAAAGUAAACUGAAUGCCAUAAGCCUAGAUAAACAGGUCAGGCUCCAGUGGCAGGGGUGCCCAGAGCAGGGCCCAUGACUACGACUCUUAACUGAUGGGCAAAUCCAGGAACUGGCGGUCCUCCAGCUCUGCAGGCCUGUUGCUGCAUUUCAGUAAAUAAAUAAUGGUUGGGAGACAGCUCAUGCAUUUUAAUCCAAGAUGAAAAACACAUUUUAAUGUUGGCAUUUGAGUACAUGUUUCAUCCUCCCCUCCCCUCUCUCCCCCACCAUUCAGGGAAAGUAAAAUGACACAGAUUGCAAGCACGUUACUCAUUAGCAUACAAAAUGGACACUGUAAUCCUUUGAGGUAAAUGAGAACCUUUAACUUGAAGGGGUUGAUUCAUCAAAAAGUUAAUUCCCCAAAAUAAAGUAGACUGAUGUAAACAAAAUAACAUGCUUCCAUGCAUUGUACUGGGAAAAAAGUCAAUUUGAAGUCUAGUUAAACAUCUACUCAAAGUAAAGAAAGUGAUUAGCAUGCAGUAUCUAUUAACGUAUUUGGUUCACAGCAUGGGUAUAUGAGGUGCACUGCAUGGAUGUCUUAUAAUGGUUCAGAAGUACUUUCAAAGAAUAUUAUUUGGUGUGUUUUUAUUGUGUACUUUUUUCUACUGUUACAUAUAUUAAUGUCAACAAUUCCAAAGAAGUUUAGUCAGUAAGUCCUAAAGUCCAACUUUUAACUUGUUCCUAGUCUUCUACAUAAUACUUGAAGCUCCCCUUUCUCCUCCCUCCCACCCCCUACCCAGUAACUACUGUGCUGCUGCCCUCUCUCAAACUGGAGGGAAUAGCAGAAAAAAGGAGGUGCCAUGCUACUAUUAAUUGUGAACCGAUUAAUGAUGUAGUGAAAACUCAGGUAUUUACUCCAUAGGUUUUUGUACAUCUUCCUGUUGCAUUUAGUUCUUUCCCACAAUCCCUUUUCAUCUACCACACAUCUUUCAUUUACAUGGAUCGCCCUGAGCCAACCUGGUGCCUGACUGACGUUUUGGACUAGGCCUUCCAUCAGCCUCAACCAGCGGGACUUGUAGUCCAAAAUAUGUGGAAGGUGCCAGGUUAGCGUAGACUGAUGUAAAUGGUUGGUAGUUAGUACUACAGCACAAAAACCGGUCUCUCCCUAUCGCUAGCCUCCUUUAUAGUUGGUUGGGGAACUCAAGGCCUUGUGCCUUACUGUUUGUGUUUAGGUGUUUUGGGUUGUGUAUUUUCUGAGGGAGUUCUGUUUCCUCUACUUCCCUCCAGUGAUCUUUUUUUUUGUUUUGUUUUUAACAUCAAUGCAAAUGCAGGCAUGAUAAACUCUCUGUCUUGCUGUUUGUUUCCAGAUUGAGCUAAUAAAUGUCAGUUCACAAACUUGCUUAUCUUUGAUAAAGGGAAAGACAAUUGGAACUUAAAAUUUCUAUGGGGCUAAAAUUACCUUAGGCAGAACUGUACUGCGGCUUCAGUUCUAAACUAAUAUUUGUAUGCUCCUUUCCAAAUUUUGUGUCUGCAAAUUAGCAUGAAUAAGUUUUUGUUUCUGCAGAAAAUUUCAUGAGAGUUCAUACCUUCUGUGCCCACAGAUUGCCCCCAACACUUCUUCCUGGUUGUUUCCCAAAACUGGGUUUAUUUAAAUAUUAGAGCUAGGCUUUGCAAGGAGGAAAGUUGGUUCAGGAAAUGAUUAGACACCCAGGUCAUUGAUUGUUGUCUACAAAGGCUUGCCUUCACUAUAUUACUGUUUCUAAGAGAUACAUGGAGUUUGGAACCCCGUGUUUCCCUUGCAGUGUGUAGUGUCACACUUCAAGACUCUGAAAAUUGUAGCUGUACUCUUGUACACCCUUGUUAACAUGAGUUGGAGGAACUGUAGUUGAAAUGUGCUAGAUUGCUACCUGUAUUGGCUUGGUUCCACAAGUUGGAACUGCAGGAGCUUAAGGAGUAUUAUUACAGUUGAGCCUCAAGACAAAUGCUCUUGGCAUUUAAUUGCUUCUAAAAAUAAAAGUGCUUUUACACAGUGUUAGUAUACAUUAAACUUUAAAUGCAUGACUUCUAUACUGUAUAAAGAAUUUACUAUGCUGCUUAAUGUCACCAGAGAAAUGUUACUAAAUAAAAGGUUUUAUUUAAAUGUA